CUAGUAAUCAACAACAAUUGCCCACCCCCAACCCCAGUGAUAACAAACCCCAAGUGAAAACCCAUAAUAAUCAAUUCAUCAAAUGAAUUCGAGUGAUAAAUGUUCACAGAUGUGGCCUAGUGUUAGAUGACUGUAUUUUGAGAUAAAAUGAGUAUCACAGGUACCGAUUUGUCAUCAAAAAUUAGACAGCUAUUACCGGACAAUUCUUACAAACUCACACCAAAAUUAUUGAACGAUACUUGUGAGAAUACUUCGGUGCAGCCGUUUCUGACGUGGUUUUGUGAGCAUGUGGGCCAGGAAAAUAUUCUUUUGAAAGAGGAAGUGCACUUGAGAAAACGUCUGCUGGAGACAGGGGUAUGGCUGUCAGGUGACGAGUUGGAGACCGAAUUGAUCAGUGCUAUUGGAGACACUCCAGAGCUGUUGAAAGUGGCGCAGGUUGAGAGGAUAAGCGAUGGGGACAUUGCGAGGGAAUAUGACGUGGAGAAGGAGGCAUACGACGCUGAUGUUAGGGACAUUGAAGGGCUGGAGAUGAGCCUGAAGACAUUCAAGGACUUGGAGGCCCAGCUGGACGAAGAGAUAGAAUCCCAAGAAUCUCAACUUCACAAACUACAAAUUCAGGAAAAUAAAAUCUAUGAAGAUUGUACGAUUCUCGUUGAGGAGUUCGAUUCAGCCUGCCGUGAGGCUUACGAGGACGUUGAAAACCUCGUGGGAGUCUAUACCAAUGCCGCUGAGAAGAAAGGUCCUCCCAUCGUGUGGACCCAAGUGCCUUUCGAUCUCUUCAUCAAACACACAGACACGUACAAUAAUUAUUUACGAUUUCAAGUGAACAGAGAGUUGAAGAAAAUGCAGAAUGAUGUAUUAUCCACCAGUAUCCAUGACCAUCUCGACAAUGAGGAGACCUCUGAGCGAAUACAGAAUGAAAAGGCUUAUGAACUGGUAACGUGCCAGAAAAUUUUAAUAACAUCAACUCUACAAGAAAUUGAAGCUAGAAAAAAUUUAUGCGGUGUUGAGGCUGUUGCUGCUCAUGCCCUGGAGAUAUAUAAUAAUGGAGAAAUUAAGUCCCCAGAGUCUGUUGCUCAAAUGAAAGUUGAAAUGGCAGAAUUAAUAUCCCGACGUGACAUCCUCGAAGAAACGAAUUCACUAAUGGACAUUAGAUUGCAAGAGGCUGCAAUCUACUACGGAAAAUUCGUAAUAACUAAAAUUCUCCUUGAGAAUGGUCAGGCACGCUUGGAGCGCAAGAAAAGGCGAUUAUCGAAGAUCGACAAAUUGCUGCACUUUGCGCGUGACAUGGGCCACGCACACUCAGAUUUAUUGGCGAUACUCAUGCAAGUGCAAUUGCGAAAACUCAAAGAAAUUAUUGAAUUCGUUAAUGACGCAAGAUAUCAUCUUGCUGCGGAGUAUUCGCACGCCUCGAAAAGAUGUGAGUUCAUGCAAAAAGAGCAGGAUAAAUACUGUUCAAUAAUUACGGCUCCGUCGUACAAACAGAAUAUUUUCAAUGAGUUAUUUUCAUCAUUGCUUCUUGGAAAGGAAAAACAGACGGAAGCAUUGGAUUUAUCGACAAAACAGUAUGAUGAAUUAUUGAUGGGAAACAAGAGAAUGAAAGAAGAGGUUCUUGGCUCUGAUUUGGACACGAGAAUCGAUAUACUGGCGCCUCUCGAGAAAGACGUCAUGACACUUUACGAUUACGAGACAUCUGAGGGAGUGACGAAGAGUUUUAAACUGAUGCCUUAUAAAAUAUCCACUCAAUUGGAGGAAGUGACGAGAAACGUUGAAGCAGCUCAAGUCGCUGUUAAUGAAGCUAGGAAAAAGUUCAAGGACAUUGUGACUAAGACUGCAAGUGGCUCCCUGGAGCGUGAGAAAUCAAUCCUCUGGCAGAGAUUUUUAUCCGACCCCGAGACUCUGAAAGCUAGGUACGAGGAGGCCCAGCGAAUUGUCGAUCGUUCCCACUUUGUCAAUUCCUUGGACUCGUGAAGAUCAAUUUUUGUACUUUUCUAAUGCCAAGUGUUCUCAAAUUAUUAUGUAUAAUUAACUGAUUAAUAAAUAUUAUGAGAAUUUUUUAAUUAA